AUGGCAAUGAACUACGUCACUUUCAACCAGGACUACAGCUAUUUGGCUGUAGCAACCGCGAAAGGCUUUCGAAUCUUCACGACGGAACCGUUCGCCAAAAGCUACGAAACGAAGGAAGGGAACAUCGCAAUUAUAGAGAUGCUGUUCUCGACGUCUCUUGUUGCGCUCAUAUUGUCGCCGCGUCGCCUCCAGAUUACAAACACCAAGCGCCAAUCUACGAUAUGCGAGUUGACGUUCCCAACUACUGUCCUAGCUGUCAAGUUAAACCGGAAGCGACUUGUGAUUGUUUUGGAGGAUCAGAUCUACCUAUAUGACAUUCAGACCAUGAAGCUACUUUAUGCUAUUGAGACGUCGCCGAAUCCCAACGCGAUCUGCGCUCUUUCUCCGUCCUCCGACAACUGCUACCUCGCAUACCCGCUUCCUCAAAAAGCACCGACCUCAUCGUUCAGCCCUCCGUCUCAUGCUCCUCCCGGAACCACACACGUCUCUCCGACAAGCGGCGAAGUCAUGAUUUUUGAUACUGUGAAGCUGGAAGCCAUCAAUGUUGUUGAAGCACAUCGGUCACCGCUCGCGUGUAUCACGCUGAACGGCGACGGCACCCUUAUCGCUACGGCGUCGGACAAAGGAACUAUCAUUCGAGUGUUCUCCGUUCCGGAUGGCCACAAGCUCUAUCAAUUUCGACGAGGCUCGAUACCUUCCCGCAUCUACAGCAUGUCCUUCAACACAACGUCCACUCUCCUAUGCGUAUCUUCUUCGACGGAAACGAUACACUUGUUUAAGCUGAGUCACCAAAGCCAAAAUUCGGAGGGCUCGCCUACAUCAUCCUCUCCUACGAGUCGGGAAAGGGCUCUGAGUCAAAGCUCGCUUGGGAAUUCUCCGGAUGCAGACGACCUGCCUGGAGAUGGGGAGUCCUCAGAAAUGCCAUCCAGGAAGCAUAAUGGGACCCUCAUGGGUAUGAUUCGUCGGACUUCACAAAAUGUUGGCAGUUCAUUUGCUGCUAGGGUAGGAGGUUAUCUCCCCAAGGGAGUGAGUGAAAUGUGGGAACCGGCGCGGGAUUUUGCCUGGAUUAAGCUCCCCAAAUCGAAUCAAGGGCCCGGGGCGAACGGAACCGCUGGUCCGCUCAGAAGCGUUGUUGCCAUGAGUAGCAACAUGCCUCAGGUCAUGGUCGUGACUAGCGAUGGCAACUUUUACGUUUUUAGCAUUGAUCUUUCCAAAGGAGGCGAGGGUACUCUGACAAAACAAUACUCGGUCCUCGAUUCCAACGACAGGCUUGGGUAUUCUGUCGCGGACUAUUGA